CCGAGGAGCGAGCCGGCGGCCGCGCACGAGCUCCGGGUCCGGCGGCGCGCGAGGCCCGCCCCGAGCAGCGUCCGCCGCGGCCUCCAGCCCGGCCCCGGCCGGCCCGCGGGGAUGCGGAGCGGCGGGCGCCGGAGGCCGCGGCCCGGCUAGGCCCGCGCUCGCGCCGGACGCGGCGCCCGAGGCUGUUGGUGGCCCACGGGGCUGGGGGAGGACCCUGCUGAGAGGUGCGCCGGCGAGGUCUGGGCUGUACCGGCCCACGGGAGCCCCAGCACCAUGAAUGACGUGGCCAUCGUGAAGGAGGGCUGGCUGCACAAACGAGGAGAGUACAUCAAAACCUGGCGGCCCCGGUACUUCCUCCUGAAGAACGACGGCACCUUCAUCGGCUACAAGGAGCGGCCGCAGGACGUGGAGCAGCGCGAGUCGCCCCUCAACAACUUCUCCGUGGCGCAGUGCCAGCUGAUGAAGACGGAGCGGCCGCGGCCCAACACGUUCAUCAUCCGCUGUCUGCAGUGGACCACGGUCAUCGAGCGCACGUUCCACGUGGAGACCCCCGAGGAGCGGGAGGAGUGGACGACUGCCAUCCAGACGGUGGCCGAUGGGCUCAAGAGGCAGGAGGAGGAGAUGAUGGACUUCGGGUCCGGCUCGCCCGGCGAGAACGCGGGGGCCGAGGAGAUGGAGGUGUCGCUGGCCAAGCCCAAGCACCGCGUGACCAUGAGCGAGUUCGAGUACCUGAAGCUGCUGGGUAAGGGCACCUUUGGGAAGGUGAUCCUGGUGAAGGAGAAGGCCACGGGCCGCUACUACGCCAUGAAGAUCCUGAAGAAGGAGGUCAUCGUGGCCAAGGACGAGGUGGCCCACACCCUCACGGAGAACCGCGUCCUGCAGAACUCCCGGCACCCCUUCCUGACGGCCCUGAAGUACUCCUUCCAGACCCACGACCGCCUGUGCUUCGUCAUGGAGUACGCCAACGGGGGCGAGCUCUUCUUCCACCUGUCCCGGGAGCGGGUGUUCCCCGAGGACCGGGCCCGGUUCUAUGGUGCCGAGAUCGUGUCGGCCCUGGACUACCUGCACUCGGAGAAGAAUGUGGUGUACCGGGACCUCAAGCUGGAGAACCUCAUGCUGGACAAGGAUGGGCACAUCAAAAUCACCGACUUCGGGCUGUGCAAAGAGGGCAUCAAGGACGGCGCCACCAUGAAGACGUUCUGCGGGACGCCCGAGUACCUGGCCCCCGAGGUGCUGGAGGACAACGACUACGGCCGGGCGGUGGACUGGUGGGGGCUGGGCGUGGUCAUGUACGAAAUGAUGUGCGGCCGCCUGCCCUUCUACAACCAGGACCACGAGAAGCUCUUCGAGCUCAUCCUCAUGGAGGAGAUCCGCUUCCCGCGCACCCUCAGCCCCGAGGCCAAGUCCCUGCUCUCAGGGCUGCUCAAGAAGGACCCCAAGCAGCGGCUCGGCGGGGGCUCCGAGGACGCCAAGGAGAUCAUGCAGCACCGCUUCUUCGCCAGCAUUGUGUGGCAGGACGUGUACGAGAAGAAGCUCAGCCCGCCCUUCAGGCCCCAGGUGGCGUCCGAGACGGACACGCGCUACUUCGAUGAGGAGUUCACGGCCCAGAUGAUCACCAUCACGCCGCCCGGCCAAGACGACAGCAUGGAGGGCGUGGACAGCGCACGGAGGCCCCACUUCCCCCAGUUCUCCUACUCCGCCAGCGGCACGGCCUGAGGGGCCAGCCUGGCUCUCGCGUGGCUUCGAAGGAUCAGGAGGGAGCCUUGCACAUGUGACCUGUAUCUAAUGUUUAUUGUUUCUGGAUGCGUUGGGGCGGAACCGUGCCAUGCUCCGACGUGGAUGGGAAGGCGCCUCGUGCUGUGGGCAGGGCCGCCCGUCUGGGGGCAGUGUCCCUCUGUCUGGCCAGCUCCGGAGGAAGACAUCCUACGGUUUUUCUUAAUUUAUUCAUCCAGUGCUCCAGAGGUGGCCUCGGCCUUCAGAAUGAUUAGAUUCACGUAGGGAAACGUGGAGGACGUCUGCAGCCACGUGCACUCGGGCCCGGGGGGCCCCGCCCGCGGCCCCUCCGUCCCUCUUGCUGGCUGCCCCUGGCUGCACGUGUCUCGGCCCAGCCGGGGGCCCCAGGAGCCACCUGGCCGCCGUGGGCUGGCCCGGCCCCCUUCUGCUCGGGGCGGGGUGUGCGGCGGCCCCAGCGCUGAGGCAGGAGGCAAGUGGCCCCUGUGACGUGGCCAGGCCGGACUCACUGGCGAGAGAGAGGAGCCAGGUGACAUCUGCUGCUGUGCGCUGCGCUGUUCACGUGCACCCUGGGGUCUCUAGUCUCAGAAGAACGCCCUCCUCCCGCCCCCUUUCCCACUGGGACCGUCUCAGCGGAUGGCCUUCCCGGUAGCACUUGCCUUAUAGACGCUCCACCCUCCUGCCGCGCCCGACGCCCUGCGCAGGGGCUGCCGCUGCGCCCGCCACACCUCCUGGCCAGACGCUGCGCUGCACCAUGGCGUUUUUUAUAUUCAACGUUAGUAUUUUUACUAUUAUGAGACUUUCCCUCCAAAUUCUUCAAUAAAAGUCGCUUUUCCA